CAAUAUACUAUUGGAAAGAACAUUGCUUGAAACAAAUAAGUAUGACAAAGAUAAUAUUAUAGAAUUAUCUCCAGAAGAAUUUACUAAAGAGAUUGAAAAGCACAAAUAUUUUCUUCAGCAUAUACAGGAAGAGUAUGAGGCAGAUGAAUUAGAAGAAGAACGUAUAAAAAUUCAAAAGAACAUAUGA